AUGAUUGAACCGGAGAAUCAGAAUUCGCAGCUUGCAGAUUGUGAUCUGAUUCCGAUUAUUGAUCUCUCGAAUUUGGAGAGUCCACAUCUCCACGAGCGACAGAAUCUCGCUCAAUCAAUCUAUGAUGCCUGUACACAGGUUGGUUUCUUUUAUAUCAAGAACCAUGGGAUCCCAGAGGAUAUGAUCAAAAGCAUACAUAGUGCCGCAAAGCGACUGUUUGAUCUCCCCGCGGAGCAAAAGAUGAGGUUUUAUAUUGCAAACUCCCAAAAAUUCCGUGGCUACAGCCCUCUAGGCGGCGAAAAAUCAACAGGCACAGAAGAUGAUCCCGUCGAUGAAGAAGAUGCAGUCAGCGCUCUGUCAGAGGCAUUUGAUAUCGGAUAUGAAACUGCAAUGGAUCUCCACAAGUCAAAGAAUGAUCCUCUUCCUCGUGAUACUUAUGGAUUAUACGGAGAUAACCAAUGGCCUAGCCAUGACCUGCUUCCCAAUUUCUCAGAUAUCUAUAUCCGAUAUUGCGCCAUGAUGCUGAGCCUUUGCAGAAAGUUGAUGAGAAUAUUUGCACUUGCAUUGGAUCUACCCGAAGGAUAUUUCGAUUCGAUGGUUCAGAAUCCAGGAGUCACCUCUAGGAUGAUGCAUUAUCCGCCUCAACCAGUGAAGCAAGAGAUCCGGGAAGGGCUUGGGGCUCAUACGGUAACUACAUGGCAGAAUUUGCAAAUGAAGGUCUCCAAAACUGAUUCCCCUCUGCUGCAGGAUUUUGAAUGCUUCACCAUCCUUUCCCAGGAUAGUGUCCCGGGCCUGCAAGUCUUGAACCACAGCGGGGAGUGGAUGCUGGCACCGCCAUUGCCAGGAACGUUGGUGGUUAACAUUGCGGAUUGUCUGUCAAUUUGGACGAAUAAGAAGUUCAAGUCGACCAUUCAUCGAGUCACGAAUCUGACCGGCCACGAACGUUACUCUAUCCCCUUCUUCUUUGGGGUCGAUUAUGAUACCACGGUGUCGGUUUUGCCAAAUUUUAUCUCUGAUGAUAAUCCGGCGUGCAAAGAGCCUUUCAAAGCGGGCGAGUGGGUUCGUGAAAAGCUUUCAAAGGCAUACGUUGGUUAUCAGGGUUGA